AUGCUGGCACUCCAUGCUUGGCGCUUGGGUUUUGCGUUCCCAACAGUGGCCAAUGUGGACUUCAUCUCUGUGGGCAACCCAUUGGCAUCAUGGGUGAGCGGUUUAGCAGAAAACGGUCAUGUGGUUCUGGACACAGGCAUAUGCUUCAAGACAGCAGGAUCAAUACACGGCGUCAAGGCGCAUUUCUCCAAUCUCAGUGAGGAGUCUUGGCCUCGUUUUCUGGUCUUGGAGCAUAUGGAAAGUGCACAAGGCUUUUCAGUGACAUGGCAAGUGGUGGCCAGCUCCAGCGCAAGAAGAGCAUCACUGGCUGGAAGGCCCACCAGGUUAAAACUUCUGGCAGCUUUGCCUGUGAAACCUGGACAUUGCCUUGGCUGGCACGUGGCGAAUGGCAGCGUUUCCUCUGUUGCUUUCGUUGAGACUAGGCCCUAUCAGCAGCGAUGGAUUCUGCCAGAUGGCAAGAACCAGGGGAGCUUCUCUGCUGUGGCCGAAGUGGUUGGGGAGCCACUGAGCUGGACCGGCCGGACCUUGGACUUCAGCACCGUCAACUUUCGGCGCUAUGCCUUGAUGGUAGAGCUUGUGCCCAGUCAGAACAGCUUUUACCACUAUGCCAUGCGCUAUCAAGAGAUCCUCCGCCAGAGAUGGCAAGAAUCUUCUCAAAAUAUCGUUGAUGACUGUUGGUUUCAGGGUGGACUGAGCCCUGAGAUGUGCUGCAUCCCUGCGGGCACUGGGACUGAUUGGUGCUUCGAUGCGGUCUACACCUACGAGCGCUGUUGCAAGGGGAUCCAAGCACCUGCUGCAUGGGUUCCAUCGAAGGCUGCGCUUCCAGAAGUGCUACAGCCCAACUUUGUGGAACCAGAUGGGACGCUCAGUGCAAGACCACAGUUGACGGUGGACUUGUUUAUUCGCACCUUCCACACAAAGCUGCAGGAGCUAACACAUCUCUUACAUUCUGUCGCUCUUUUCUGGCCAGCAGACUGGGGAGUGUUGGUGGUCUUGGAUGGAGACAGCGCUGAAGAUGAACACGCUUGUGCACUGCUGCCCAGCUGGAGCCGUUGCUCGCUGCAGCCGAAGCCCAGCUUCUUAGCAAAAUUCACCAAGCCCUUCAGCCACAUCGAUCCCUUCGGUGUUGCUGGAAAAGGAUUAGACCGGCAUCAGGGACUGAUCUGGAAAGAAUGGAGCGAAUGUUGGGCUGACCGACAUUCCAUGGCCAAGUUUAUUGCCAUUUCUGAUAGCGAUGUGGUGCUGACGACCUUUGGAAUACCGCAGCUGCUGUUUCAGCCCAAAUCCGAAGAUAGCAGUACCGUGAGACCAGUCAUUUGGGCGCAUGCCGAAAAUGUACAGUUUCCCAACACCAUUGCUGCCUUGAACCUGCAGUGGCAAGCAGAGUUCAUGGACAGUUUUCCCCUGGUUGUGAAGCGAAGCCAUUUCAGAACGCUGCGGCGGCGGAUCGUUUCCUUGUAUGGACAAGACCUCACACUCAAUGCCACGGAAUUUGAUGAACACUUUGACGAGUCAUUUGUGCGCUAUCUUGUUCGAGUACGUGAGCUGUCCGAACAGGUAGGUGGCGUGGAAUGUCCUUCGUUUCAUUCAAUGAUGGGCUCAGUGCUAUGGUCAUUUCAUCGGCAGGAAUAUGUUUGGUCCAUUCGUCAUGGACAUCUGACAGGGGUUCCGCUGCAGCACACUUGCCCACGCUUACGAGUAGCGCAACAUGCUGCCUAUUGGGGAAGAGAGAAUUGGCUGUCAUAUGCUGGACUGCCUUUCAAACACUUGAAAGUUGGCGGACGACCUGCUGUCCUGUCAGAGGUCGCCUAUGCUGCGCGCAGCAGCACGCUGAUCUUGGCAGGGCUUUGUGCCCUGCCAUGGAUGGAGACAAAUACAUCGCAACAUGUGGAUUAUGCGCGAGAGCGACAGACUUUCACGGUGACUUCUCAGCUACGUCGACCUGAUGCUGGACUAUUGGAAGUCCAGCGAGACUUGUGCAGCUACGGUCUGGGUUUGGCUGAAGCCACGUCCGAGGUAGAAGAUCGGCUACUGGCUCGUGCCUUUCCUGCACAACGAUGGACCAGAGCAGAGUCAGAACAUUGCGGCAAUUUGCAGGUGGAGAAACUGUUGGAAGCCUAUCGACAAUUGAUGCACAGCAUCUCCUUUACCCCACCGCAGUCCCCGCCGUGCUGAUGGGACCAUGGAAGUCCAUCAUCCAUGGAAGUCCCCAGCGCAUCAACCUUAAAGGAGUCUGUUUCGGUUUGACCUCGUGGUGAAGAUAUGGGUGCCACUUGUGUGCCACAGUGCCCUGGGCAAAAAAAUGGGCAACAAAAAUGGGCAGCUGUUGAAUUUCAGCAGGCGAAGCUGGUGACGAUCAGAAGCAGCAUCAACGGGCCUCCAAAGAUCGGGGCCAGUUGUGAUUGUUGUGUACACAGCUUGAACGGAAUCCUUG